GCAACAAAAUAGGUGAGUACAUAACCAACCAAAAAGCAGACAUUUGGACAAUUUACCGUACGAUUACCCAGGUCUCACGAUCAUCUCUUCCGCCCUACUUACUGUUUGCAAAUAUAGAUAUUUGUUUUUGCGAACGAUGUCAAAACAAGAAGGAUUUCAUGUUGUCACUCCGCUUCUGGAGAGCGUGGGAAUGUCUAAGCGGCUGGGGAGCACCGUGUAUCUGAAGAUGGAGAGCUCGCAGCCCACUGGCUCCUUCAAAAUCCGCGGGAUAGGAUACAUGUGUAAAAAUGUAACAAAUUCAACCAAGUCGCCUGGUGUGAUUUGUUCUUCUGGUGGUAAUGCUGGUAUGGCCACAGCAUAUGCAGCAAGAAAACUUAACCUUCCUGCUACUAUUGUCUUGCCUUCUGUGACGCCUAAUCUGGUAGCACAGAAACUUAAGGACCAGGGAGCUACGGUCAAAGUUGCGGGCAAGGUUUGGGAUGAUGCAAAUGCUGAGGCCCUACGAUUGGCUGAAAGUGAAGGACUUACUGUAAUACAUCCUUUCAACCAUCCUCUGGUCUGGAAAGGUCAUGCCAGUGUUGUGCAUGAACUCAAAGCCUCCUUACCAUCCAAACCUGGAGCUAUAGUGCUGUCUGUGGGUGGUGGAGGUCUGUUUUGUGGGGUGAUGGAGGGCUUGGAUGAGGUGGGUUGGGCAGGUGUUCCUGUCCUCUGUAUGGAGACUGUAGGUGCGGACUGUUUCAAUGCCGCCGUUAAAGCUGGAGACCUGGUUACGCUGCCGGACAUUACAAGUCAAGCGACGUGUUUGGGAGCGAAGACGGCAUGCCAGCAGGCGUUUGAGUACAGCAAGCGCUCCACGGUCAUCUCAGAGGUGGUAACAGAUCUACAGGCCCUGGAGGCAAUAGAACUAUUCCUGGAUGAGGAGCGUGUGCUGGUGGAGAUGGCCUGCGGAGCCGCUCUGGCUGCAGUGUACAGUGGUGUUAUCCAGAGACUACAGGAGGAGGGGCGACUUCCUAAACCGCUUGGUCCGCUGGUGAUGAUCGUGUGCGGGGGCGGAAGUGUAAACCUGGCUCAGCUUCAGCACCUGCGGGCAAUUAUACGGAAAUAAUCCGAAGAAUCAUGUAAUCUGUCAUAUCUAUACAAACUCAAUGCAUUUGCUUUGAGAUGUAGUAACACUUUUACACUGGAUGAUUUGGAUAUUCUGCUGUAUUGUUGUUACUAAAUGUUCCUAAGUUCUGUUGUUUUUAGGAUAUCUUUGUAUUUUCUGAAACAACUGCUUUAAUAAAAUAUCAUUAGUAUGUUUAGUAUUAUUUGUCAAUUUUGUCAUCUGCCAUGUAGCCAGCAGAUGGUACUGAUGUAUGUGGUCUCAAUAUUUAUCGAACAGUGUU